AUGGUCGCGCCCCCGGUCCUGGACGAGGUCCGGGAUGUGUGGCUGCUGCGUGGCGGCACGUAUGCAUAUUGUACCGUACAGAUUACUCCAUACCACCUUUGCCUGGUGCAUGAUGGCCGCACCGACACGCUCGAUAUCCCAUUGAUCGCGCACGCCCAGCGCGAAGCGUCGGCCCCCGCACAAGGCGCGCGGGGCGUGCGCUACCUGCUCGUGCUGUACCUCUGCACGCACGAGCAGUUUCUGCUGGGAUUCAGCGAGGAAAGCGUGCUGCUGCGUGUCAUGGAGAAGCUCAAAGAGGCCGCGAGCAUCGAUUCCGUCGAGCGGAUGUACGCGUUUUUCGAGCCGCCGGCGGUGCCGAGCGAGGGGUGGCGCCUCUACAAUCCUGCGGCCGAGUUCAAGCGGCAGGGCGUCGGCUCGGUGAGCAAGGCGUGGCGCUUCUCGACGAUCAACACGGGCUACGAGAUGAUUCCCACGUAUCCUGCCCUGCUCGUCGUGCCGGCGCACAUUAGCGACUCGACGCUGACGUACGCGGCCAAGUACAGGAGCAAGGCGCGCAUUCCGGCGCUGACCUACCUGCACUGGUCGGGCCACGGGUCCAUCACGCGGUGCUCGCAGCCAAUGGUCGGCCUCAAGCAGAACCGCUCUGUCCAGGACGAGAAGCUGAUCGAGGCCAUCUUUGCGACACACCGCGCGGCCGACGGAAACGCACCGGAGCCGGUAUACGGCGCGACGCCGACGAACCUCAUUAUCGAUGCACGGCCCACGACCAAUGCCAUGGCCAACAUCGCAAAGGGCGCGGGCACAGAAAACAUGGAAAACUACCGCAACUGCAAAAAGGUAUACCUCGGCGUGGACAAUAUCCAUGUGAUGCGCGACUCGCUGAACCGCGCCGUCUUGGUGCUCCGCGCGGAUGCGCGCUCGGCCCUCGAAGGCCACGAGCCGCAGCCGGUCGACCAACUGGCGCUGCGCCGCUCCAACUGGCUCAAGCACCUGGGCGCGAUCCUCGACGGGACGCUGCUGAUCGUGCGCAACGUACACAUCAAUGCCUCGCACGUGCUUGUGCACUGCUCCGACGGCUGGGACCGCACCGCGCAGCUCACGUCGCUCGCGGCGCUGUGCCUGGAUCCUUACUACCGCACCCUGCACGGCUUUGCCGUGCUCAUCGAAAAGGACUGGCUCAGCUUUGGGCACCGCUUCCAGGACCGCAGCGGGCUCGUGGGGCUCGGCGCAAACAAAUUUGACAUGACCGUGCCGCAAAACGAACCCCUCUUUGACGCGGACGGGCAGGUGGUGCCAAUCGAUGAUACCCUGGUCGAGACCGGAGGGAACAGCUCGUUUUGGGGCUUUACCAAGCACAUCACAGCGCAGUUCCAGGGAAGCGCGGCUCAACAGCGCGCGCCCAUCUUUCACCAGUUCCUCGACUGCGUCGCGCAGCUCCAAGCGCAGUUUCCGGAACGCUUUGCGUUCAACGGCGCGUUCCUCGCCGCGCUCCUGCGCCAUGUCUAUGCGGGCGACACCGGUACGUUUUUGUACAACACCGAGCGGGAACGGCGCAUGCCGCGUGCCAACGGCCUCGCACCGGUGGACUGCACUCGCAGCGUGUGGGACCUCCUCUUCCAGGACGAGGUAGUGACACGCUGGGCCAAUCCCCAGUACAACCCCAAGCUCGACGACCGCGACGCGCCGGGCGGCGAUAUGGGCGUCCUGUUUCCGGCCACGAGCCACCUGCGCUUCUCCAGCGAUCUGUUCUGCCGGCCGUACGCGGAGCUCAAUUCGCGCCUCGACUCCGAGACCGAGGAAAAGAAACGGCUCCAGGAACGCCUCGCACACGCAGGGCGCGAGGCCAAGGCGGAUGUGCCGAGUCACGAGCCGGACGCGUUCGACGAGCAGCUGCAGGCUGCAACGACGCGCAUGCGCUCGCUCUUUAGCGACGGAUGGGGACGCGUCCAAGGCGCCAUGCGCUCCGCCGGCCUCGAGCAGCGCGAGUCGAUUCCAGUGGAGGCCGUCGCGCCCGCCUCGCCGCCGCCGCCGCCGCCGCCGCCGGCGCGGGUCGUCCCUGCAAAUCCAGCGAACCCCUGGGCAUACACCCCCCCGCGCCCAAAGCAAGCCGAGACGCCGCCGCCGCCCUCGCCACCGCCGCAGGCGCCCCCGGGGACCACCGCGGAUCCCCUUGGCGCCUGGCAGGAUUCGUAG